AUCGCGAUGAAAGCACAACUAAUCGGAAUGCCAGUAGUUAGUAUUCUUCUAUUGAUGUGUAUACCCUCUUUAGUUUUAAACCAAUUUCUCGACGGCGAGUGCGGUGUUCAGCAGAAUGGACGGACAGUAAAUCGUGCCUCGAGUCCCUGGAUAGCAUUCCUCCACACGACUGAUUUGAUAUUCGUGUGCUCUGGAACUUUGAUCUCUCACAAUCUAAUACUAACUGCUGCGCAUUGCGUAACGUCCAACUCAAAACUAGUAGCUCGGCUUGGGGAGUUUAUGGGAGGAGAAGAAAAAACCUUAACAGUGUUGCAUGAUGUAAGGGAAUCCAGCAAACAUCCCUUUUUCGAUAUGAUAACACAUGCGUUUGAUAUAGCCGUUCUUGAGCUUGCAACAAAAGUUGUUUACACAGACAACAUCAGACCGAUCUGCAUUGUGUGGGAUCGUUCGUGGAAACGCUAUAUCGAUAGCAUUCAGAUACUAAGUGGCCCUGUACGGGGCAAGCCAGAGAAUGAGAAUGACGGUGGAAACAGAAUCCUGGACAUCCGACGCCAGCCACCAGAAUGGUGUCACAACUAUAUGGGCACCUUUAGGGAGAACACAUCGAGCAGCAUGAUCUGCGCUGGGGACACAAAAAGUAAUCUAUGCAACGCGGACUCCAGCAGUCCUCUGGGAGCCAUGGUGGUUCACAAAAAGAUACAGAGAUAUGUUCAGAUCGGCAUCGCCACAAUGAAUCAAAGGUGCAACAUGCCCAGUAUAUACACGGAUGUGCUAAGCCACAUGGACUUUAUCCUGCGAGCAUGGCGGUAUUAUAGCAAAGGUCACAGUUCCUCAGAAUCUAGUUCAGCGAAAAAGUCACCGACUAAUCAAAAAUGAAUUCCGGUUGAAUUAAAAACUUUCAGUGAUGUCUUUAAUAUUUCAGAUAAAGGAUAACAAUUUUUGUAUAUGUAAAUUUUGCUAAUUACUGACUUAUCAGGGAUGGCAAAAUACUCUUUGAAAUGUCAUCCGGGGUAAACGGAUUUGGCCAACUAAUUUGAUUGUCAACAAAAUUUAGGUUUACGAUUGUAUGCGCCGUUUAGCUUGACUGUUUUAUGUAAAUCGCUGUAAUAAAAUCAAAUGCAGCUGUGGCGUCUUCACAAUUGCCUACUAGAUGGCAUAAUUGAGCCAAGAGAAACUUUUGGAGAAGGAUUUUAACAGCCAGCAGCAAAAAACAAUUAAUUUAGUAAUGCGCCUCGGCAAAGUCAUGUGAAACUGAAAGCUUACAGUCGAUAAACUUUAAUGAUUCACUCUGCUAGCUAAUUCAAAGAGCACCAAAUUACAGAGGACUCUACUAUUCAAAUACAUAUAAUUUUGGAGCACAUGAGGGCGACGAUUUUUCAUCUGCUUUCAGCUUUUGAAUUUAAAUUGACGUGUGGUUUUCGCCUGAUUAAAUUAUUUACCUCUUGCAACUUAUCAGAUAGCUUAAAUAUUAAUUUCAUAAGUCCUCCAGUUGGCUAUUUCAAUUAAAAUGUGUACUUCCGCAAGCCACUUGACAAUUAACACACUCUUUAAAUGACAAUUUCUUUGCCUCGGCUGUUGAUAAACUGCAUAAUUUAUGUAAUUUGCUUCACCAACAGACACACUCACGAGCACUUAUUGAUGACAAUUAUUUGAAAUACUUUUAAGUGAGUGGGCAAAAAUUUAUUGAAUUAAUAAUUAACUGCAAUUGCGCAAUACAAAAUUUAUUUUAUUGCUGUCAUCAAGUGGCUGGGAGAAGCCAAACCGGGAUGGCCCUGUGCAUCAUUAAAUAAUUUUAGUCGCAUUCAUAAUUUAAUUGAUUUAAAUGGGAAUAGCGAUUUCUCUGUCAAUUAUCGCACCCCAUGUGCACGAAUGUGCUGUUUUAGAAUAAUUGAUGACAUUUAAUAUUAAUUACACUUUACAAUCCAACUUGAAACCUUUAUUUGUAAAGGGCACAUUCUAUUUUUUCCCGUUGCAUGCCGGCAGUUCUCGAGGCUUUAACUAAUUUUAUUACUGUGCAUUAAUCAUGCACCGCAUGUUAAUAAAUAUUAAUGUCCUUCAGCUAGCCAGCGAACUGCCAAUUUUAGCCAUAAAAUUUCCGGAAAAUUUUGCAUAAAAGUGUACUGAUUUAUGACAUUGCCAAACAAAAAAAAAAAAACAAACAAGUUCAUUCAGCCAGUGGGGUUGCAAAAAAAUCAUGCACAAAUUGCAAUUAAUUAUCUAGUAAUGAAACGAAAAUGCUUAAUUAAACAUUGAAUCGACUUUAAUGUA